AAACCCAAAACUACGUCGUUCUGGGUUUUGUCUCAAAAGCAAAAGCGGCUUUGUUUCCCGUAGAUCUAAAGUUUACGUUCGACUCUCUCCUCUUCCCUCACUCAGCUAUUUUUAUUCCCCUCCAAUUUUCUCCGACGGUACGGUCAAAUCACAUCGGAAAAUUCAACCGGAAGAUCAAAUGGCACUGCCGUCGAUCUCAUCAAUCGGCGCUACAUUCUCAAUCCUAAUCUAUUUCUUCUCUCUUCCUUAUUCAAUCACAGCUGGUGAAAACAACCUCCACCAUUCUCCCUCCGCUAGAUCACGACGUCCCUUGGUGUUCCCAUUGUUCCUCUCUCAACCAAAUUCUUCUUCUUCUAGAUCCAUCUCAAUUCCCCAUCGAAAACUCCACAAAUCCGACUCAAAAUCACUGCCUCACUCUCGCAUGAGACUCUACGACGAUCUUCUUAUUAACGGGUAUUACACAACGAGGCUUUGGAUUGGUACACCGCCACAAAUGUUUGCUCUUAUAGUUGAUUCUGGAAGUACUGUUACUUAUGUUCCUUGUUCUGAUUGUGAACAAUGUGGCAAACACCAGGACCCGAAAUUUCAGCCAGAAUUGUCUAGUACUUAUCAACCUGUGAAGUGUAACAUGGACUGUAAUUGUGAUGAUGAUAAGGAACAAUGUGUUUACGAGAGAGAGUAUGCGGAACAUAGUAGUAGUAAAGGUGUGCUUGGAGAAGAUCUUAUAUCAUUUGGCAAUGAAAGCCAGCUGACACCUCAACGAGCUGUUUUCGGUUGUGAAACUGUUGAAACCGGUGAUCUUUAUAGUCAACGUGCUGAUGGAAUUAUCGGAUUAGGUCAAGGGGAUCUUAGUCUUGUGGAUCAAUUGGUGGAUAAAGGUUUGAUAAGCAACUCUUUUGGUUUGUGUUAUGGAGGGAUGGAUGUUGGUGGAGGUUCGAUGAUUCUUGGCGGUUUUGAUUAUCCAUCUGAUAUGAUAUUCACGGACUCGGACCCUGAUCGUAGUCCAUAUUACAAUAUAGAUUUGACGGGGAUACGUGUUGCUGGGAAGAAAUUGUCGCUUAAUUCUAGAGUCUUUGAUGGGGAACAUGGCGCCGUUUUAGACAGUGGUACAACAUAUGCUUAUCUUCCAGACGCAGCAUUUGCGGCAUUUGAGGAAGCUGUAAUGAGAGAAGUUUCCCCAUUGAAGCAGAUUGAUGGUCCUGAUCCAAAUUUUAAAGAUACUUGCUUCCUUGUCGCUGCAAGUAAUGAUGUCUCCGAACUUUCGAAGAUAUUCCCAUCAGUCGAGAUGAUAUUUAAGAGUGGGCAGUCAUGGCUGUUGUCCCCUGAAAAUUACAUGUUUCGACAUUCCAAGGUGCAUGGCGCAUACUGUCUCGGUGUUUUUCCAAAUGGAAAAGAUCAUACAACUCUUUUAGGAGGAAUUGUGGUUCGCAAUACACUUGUUGUGUAUGAUCGUGAGAAUUCUAAGGUUGGAUUCUGGAGAACCAAUUGUUCGGAGUUAUCGGAUAGGCUUCAUAUCGAUGGUGCACCACCACCUGCUACUUUGCCUUCAAAUGGUUCAAAUCCAUCCCGCAAUUCAUCAAGCGAUAUCCAAGGGGAGAUUCAAAUUGGUCAAAUAAACCUUGAUUUGCAACUAACAGUCAAUUCGUCCUAUCUGAAACCUCGCAUUGAAGAGCUCUCCAAGAUAUUCUCCAAGGAGCUCGAUGUCAAAUCUUCACAGGUCAGUUUAUCGAAUCUCACCUCCAAAGGAAACGAGUCUCUCAUCAGAAUGGUUGUUGUUCCUCCUGAACCUUCUACUUGGUUUUCAAAUGUCACAGCAAGGAAUAUAGUAUCCCGGUUUACCAAUCAUCAAAUCAAGCUUCCUGAAAUCUUCGGAAACUAUCAGCUGGUUAAUUACAAACUCGAGCCUCCAAGAAAAUGGACGAAUAACAACAUUACCGUGAUCGCGAUUGGGAUCAUCCCUGUAAUUAUCGGAUUAUCAGCUUAUGGAGCUUGGUUGAUAUGGAAACGGAAACAAACAUCAAUUCCAUACAAACCUGUUGAUGAAGCUAUAGUAGCUGAGCAAGAACUGCAACCUAUAUAAUAAAGAACUUGGUGGUACCUUAUUUUUAUAUUCUCAUCUUUUUCAUACAAAAGCAAAGCUGUUUGGUCUUAUUCAAGAAAAAAAAACAGAAUCCCAACUGUCUUACUGAUCUUUAUUGUUUAGUAAAUAAUGCCAACUUUUCGUUUUAAUUUAUGAAG